CUCCCUCUCUGAGCAGGAAUGUGAAACUACAGUCCAGUCAGUCUGCCGCACUUUUCUGCAGCACACAGGAGUGAAUAAUUUAUCUUUGCCUCGGUUGAAUAUAUUGAUGAGGAGGAAGUGAUUUGUGAAAGGAUUCUGCGGUCACUUUUUGGAUUUACAUUCUGGUCGAACGCAUUUCUUUUUCUUUUCCUCGGCUGAAGAAAAGUUUGCUUUGAGACCCAACACAGCUGGAGUCAGCAGAUGGAAAUAACCUCUCCGUGUACAGGGAGCGCACCGUAUGCCGGAGAACUCCCAACAUGGACCCGGAGUCACUGAGAAGGUGAAGACUGCUAGUGUUAAAUGCUGACCCCAAGGCUUCCCACAACACAGCGACUGCUCAUAAAACUGGUGUUAGUUCAGUGAGUGUGUGAAACAUUUGCAGACUAUUUACCAUGGCAUCUAGUCUGACAUGUACCGGUUUUAUCUGGGCCCUACUGUCCCUGCUGUGUGCUGCUGCCUCCUGCGUUGGCUUCUUCAUGCCCUACUGGCUGCUGGGGACACAGAUGGAAAAGCCUGUGUCCUUUGGCACCUUUCGGCGCUGCUCCUACCCAGUGAGGGAUGAGGAGAGGCAGGCCACGGUGAUGCUGGAGCAGUGUGGGCGCUACGCCUCUUUCAACGGCAUCCCCAGUCUGGAGUGGAGGAUCUGCACGGUGGUGACGGGUGUGGGAUGUGGCCUCCUCCUGCUGGUGGCACUCACAGCUCUCAUGGGCUGCUGCAUCUCAGACCUCAUCUCACGUACAAUUGGCCGCGUGGCCGGCGGCAUCCAGUUUGUUGGAGGUCUGCUCAUAGGAUCUGGCUGUGCACUCUAUCCAUUGGGAUGGGACAGCGAGGAAGUACAACAGACCUGCAACAACAGCUCAGACCAGUUUCAACUAGGUUCCUGCCAGAUCGGCUGGGCAUAUUACUGCACAGGGGCAGGGGCGGCAGCUGCCAUGCUGUUGUGCACCUGGCUGUCCUGUUUCGCAGGGAAGAAACAGAAGCAGUACCCGUACUGAAGACAGCAUCAGAGAGACGGGGACAGGCAGAGACCUCAGGCGGUACGAUGAAAGGGAGAGGACUCUGACUGUGGACUCCAAUACACCCACCAGUACAGCACAUCAGGCACCAAAGACACCAAGUCAUUAUGGUGCUCUGCACAUCAUGGGACACUAUUCAUCUGACAACUGCAGGGACUGUUUCAUAAUGCAGGACACACACACACAUGGCUUUGAAAACUGGUUCUCUUAAAAGGUGUUCUUAUAUGGACCAAUCCUAUUUGUAAAAUUGUCACAUGACUAUUUCUUUAACAAAAAGAGUAUUCUCUUUUUUUGUCUUCCUCCUCUUCAGUCAUUGAUGUUUAUGUGAUAGUGUGCCCUGUGAUGAAGAGAAAAGUAAUAUUGCUUCAUUGUUGUGAAGUGUUUCCUUUCCAUGUCUCAUCCUUGCCUUAAACACAAACUGAAAUGCAAUAAUCCCUAUAAAGUAAAGCAAUCCAAGACUGGCUGCCUGCUUCCUCAACUCAGCCUUUUCAGAUUCCAAAAGUCUAAGCAUAGUUUAUUUAACACAUUCAUAAGAUAUAUGUUGUGUAUGAUAAUGUAUUUUAUCAUAUUAGCACAUGUUUUGUAUUUACUCUUCAAAUUAUUCUUUGUCAUUAUUUUUGUUUUGUAAAUAAAUGUUUAUUGAAAUUCUG